AUGUCUUCACGACUCUUCACGACCCUUUGGACUGCAGCCCUCCAGGCUGCUCCGUCGCUGGGAUUCUUCAGGCAAGAAUCCUGGAGUGGGUUGCCAUGCCCUCCUCCAGGGGAUCUUCCCAAUCCAGGGAUCAAACCUGCAUCUCCUGUGACUCCUGCAUUGCAGGUGGAUUCUUUACUGCAGAGCCGCCAGGUAAGCCCUAUACUGGCCACUCUCUGUGAAAUAGAUAUUAGUACAGCCCCUUUUACAGAAGAGGAAGCUGAGGCUCAGAGCUUUUGUUUUUGCUUUUUAAUGUUCCCCAAAUCACCCAGCUGCUAA